CGCCCCUGGAGCCAGGGAAGGAGGAAGAGCUGGUCCCCAGAUCCCCGGUGACGAAACCUAACCCGGGAGCGCGGGGAGGGAGGGAGGGCAGGCAGAGGAUUUCGCUGGCUGGUGCGAGAUCCUGGACGCAAGGCCGGCAGCAGAGAUAUAGACUGUCAGUUUCGGAUCCAAGGACGGUGAUGGCAAAGCAGUAAACCGGAGUAACCGUCUGCCUGUCAGAUCAGACCUGUCACAGAAUAAAUCCCACCGCCUGCUGCGAAGCCCCCCGCGCUCCUCAAACUUGGAGAACUGGUAAUCCGUGUCUGGAUAUGCAGAUCUCUGAUUUUAAAGGCCGGGUGACCCCGGGGAGAACCUCUCCCGCCGCCCAAAGCCCGCAGGUGCAGUGAGGCGUGUGUGCGGGUACUGGUACCCUCGAGGCCCGCUUGACCCCGGGAGAAGGAGUCGGGGAGCCCAGCGGGGUCUUGCUGCUGUGCACCGGCGUCGGCGGCUCCUCUCCCGCAGCAGCAGAUGAUGGUGGCGGCCAGCGUGCUGGGCUGUGUCUGUGCGUCGCCGCGGAAAUUGGCGCCCGGUGCUGUACCCUGAGCCCUUGCAGGUCCGUCGCAGCUCGAGCCUUGAAGAGGACAGAGUCGGCGCUCGGGGCACCCGGGGGUCGCGCGGUGUCGGCUUAUCAUGGCGGAUCGGACAGCUCCCAGAUGCCAGCUCCGGCUGGAGUGGGUGUACGGGUACCGGGGUCACCAGUGCCGCAACAACCUGUACUACACCGCCGGCAAGGAGGUGGUCUACUUUGUAGCUGGGGUAGGGGUGGUGUACAACACCCGAGAGCACAGCCAAAAAUUCUUCCUGGGACACAACGACGACAUUAUCAGCCUUGCCUUACACCCAGAUAAAACUCUGAUUGCAACUGGCCAGGUUGGGAAGGAGCCAUAUAUAUGCAUAUGGAAUUCCUAUAAUGUCCAUACUGUGUCUAUUCUUAAAGAUGUCCAUACACACGGAGUUGCAUGCCUGGCUUUUGACUCGGAUGGACAGCAUUUAGCCUCUGUGGGAUUAGAUGCCAAAAACACAGUCUGCAUUUGGGACUGGAGAAAGGGAAAACUUCUGGCCUCAGCUACUGGCCAUUCUGACCGGAUUUUUGAUAUUUCCUGGGAUCCAUAUCAGCCAAACAGAAUGGUUAGCUGCGGAGUGAAGCAUAUAAAGUUUUGGACACUAUGUGGAAAUGCCCUGACUGCAAAAAGAGGCAUAUUUGGCAAAACAGGAGAUCUUCAGACUAUCCUUUGCCUUGCAUGUGCCAAAGAAGACAUCACUUACUCUGGUGCUUUAAACGGUGACAUCUAUGUCUGGAAAGGGCUCACCUUAGUCCGCACUAUUCAAGGAGCACAUAGUGCUGGGAUCUUCAGCCUGUAUGCUUGUGAAGAAGGCUUUGCUACUGGUGGGCGAGAUGGUUGCAUACGAUUAUGGGACACUGAUUUCAAACCAAUAACCAAAAUUGAUCUCAGGGAGACGGAACAAGGAUAUAAAGGCCUCUCUAUUCGGAGUGUGUGCUGGAAAGCUGACCGCCUUCUAGCAGGAACCCAGGACAGUGAGAUAUUUGAAGUCAUUGUUCGAGAGCGAGAUAAGCCAAUGCUCAUUCUUCAGGGCCACUGCGAGGGGGAACUGUGGGCUCUGGCAUUGCACCCCAAGAAACCUCUGGCUGUGACAGGCAGUGAUGACCGCUCUGUCAGACUGUGGAGUCUUGCUGACCAUGCCUUGAUUGCCCGCUGCAAUAUGGAGGAAGCAGUUCGUAGUGUAUCCUUCAGCCCAGAUGGAUCUCAGUUGGCCCUAGGCAUGAAGGACGGCUCUUUCAUUGUCCUCCGAGUCAGAGAUAUGACAGAAGUCGUUCAUAUCAAGGACAGGAAAGAAGUCAUUCAUGAGAUGAAAUUCUCCCCAGAUGGCUCUUACCUCGCAGUAGGAUCCAAUGAUGGCCCUGUAGAUGUCUACGCUGUUGCCCAGCGCUAUAAGAAAAUAGGAGAAUGCAACAAGUCCCUGAGUUUCAUCACGCACAUCGACUGGUCUCUGGAUAGUAAAUACUUGCAAACCAACGAUGGUGCUGGGGAGAGACUGUUCUACAAAAUGCCAUCAGGGAAGCCUUUAACAAGUAAAGAAGAAAUCAAGGGGAUUCCCUGGGCCUCCUGGACGUGUGUGAGAGGCCCUGAAGUGAGUGGAAUUUGGCCCAAAUACACUGAGGUUAUUGACAUCAAUUCAGUGGACGCCAAUUAUAACAGUUCAGUGUUGGUUUCUGGAGAUGAUUUUGGACUGGUCAAAUUGUUCAAAUUUCCUUGUCUCAAAAAAGGAGCCAAAUUUAGAAAGUAUGUGGGCCACUCUGCACAUGUCACCAACGUCCGUUGGUCCCACGAUUUCCAGUGGGUGUUAAGCACAGGAGGAGCUGAUCAUUCUGUUUUCCAGUGGAGAUUUAUCCCAGAAGCAGUCAGCAAUGGCGUGUUGGAAACCACACCCCAGGAAGGUGGUGCCGACUCCUAUAGUGAGGAAUCUGACUCUGACUUCUCUGACGUUCCGGAACUGGACUCUGAUAUUGAGCAGGAAACUCAGAUCAAUUACGAUCGCCAGGUUUACAAAGAAGAUCUACCUCAGCUAAAGCAACAAAGUAAAGAGAAAAACCAUGCAGUGCCAUUCCUGAAGAGGGAGAAGGCUCCUGAGGAUAGCCUGAAACUGCAGUUCAUACAUGGUUACAGAGGCUAUGACUGUAGAAACAAUCUGUUCUACACACAAGCUGGAGAAGUGGUGUACCACAUUGCUGCAGUUGCUGUGGUAUACAACCGGCAACAGCACGCCCAGAGGUUAUACCUGGGGCACGAUGAUGACAUUCUCAGCCUGACCAUCCAUCCGGUGAAGGACUAUGUAGCCACUGGACAGGUUGGAAGAGAUGCUGCUGUUCAUGUGUGGGACACUCAGACUCUAAAAUGUUUGUCAUUACUGAAAGGGCACCAUCAGAGAGGAGUGUGUGCUCUGGACUUUUCAGGGAUUCGUGUGGAGAAAAAGACAAGUAGGUUGACAUCAAAUGUGGGACUACAAGAGAUUUGGAAGAACAGAUCUGACGGAAAAUGUCUCGUGUCGGUUGGUUUAGACGAUUUUCACAGUGUUGUGUUUUGGGACUGGAAAAAGGGAGAAAAGAUAGCCACAACCAGGGGACACAAAGACAAAAUAUUUGUGGUAAAGUGUAAUCCACAGCAUGCUGACAAGUUGGUGACAGUUGGGAUUAAGCAUAUCAAGUUCUGGCAACAAGCAGGUGGGGGCUUCACCUCUAAAAGAGGAAGUUUUGGAAGUGCUGGAAAGUUGGAAACAAUGAUGUGUGUUUCUUAUGGGCGAAUGGAAGAUCUGGUGUUCUCAGGUGCAGCCACUGGAGAUAUUUUUAUCUGGAAGGACGUUCUGCUACUGAAGACAGUGAAGGCUCAUGAUGGGCCUGUGUUUGCCAUGUAUGCAUUAGACAAGGGCUUUGUAACAGGUGGAAAGGAUGGAAUUGUGGAACUCUGGGAUGAUAUGUUUGAAAGAUGCUUGAAGACUUAUGCCAUCAAAAGGACUGCAUUGUCAACCAGCUCAAAAGGACUGCUUUUGGAGGAUAACCCUUCAAUUCGUGCAAUUACCCUAGGGCAUGGACACAUUCUCGUGGGGACAAAAAAUGGAGAGAUUCUAGAAAUUGAUAAGAGUGGCCCGAUGACCCUGCUUGUUCAGGGACACAUGGAAGGGGAAGUGUGGGGGCUGGCAGCACACCCGCUCCUGCCCAUCUGCGCGACAGUAAGUGAUGACAAAACACUUCGGAUCUGGGAAUUAUCCUCCCAGCACCGCAUGCUGGCUGUACGGAAACUUAAAAAAGGAGGAAGAUGUUGUGCUUUCUCCCCUGAUGGGAAAGCCCUAGCAGUUGGAUUGAAUGAUGGAAGUUUCUUGGUGGUGAAUGCUGACACAGUGGAAGACAUGCUCUCCUUCCAUCACAGAAAAGAAAUGAUCUCUGAUAUAAAAUUUUCAAAAGAUACAGGAAAAUACCUUGCUGUGGCAUCUCAUGAUAACUUCGUGGAUAUCUACAACGUGCUUACAAGCAAGAGGGUUGGCAUCUGUAAAGGAGCUUCUAGUUACAUCACACACAUUGACUGGGACUCUAGAGGGAAAUUACUGCAAGUUAAUUCAGGUGCCAAAGAACAGCUUUUCUUUGAAGCUCCAAGAGGCAGAAAACACACAAUAAGGCCAUCAGAGGCUGAGAAGAUAGAAUGGGACACCUGGACCUGUGUCCUGGGGCCCACCUGUGAAGGAAUCUGGCCUGCUCACAGCGAUGUGACUGACGUCAAUGCUGCCAAUCUUACCAAAGAUGGCUCCCUCUUAGCAACUGGGGAUGACUUUGGUUUUGUGAAGCUUUUUUCAUAUCCUGUCAAGGGACAGCAUGCAAGAUUUAAGAAAUAUGUGGGGCACAGCGCACACGUUACCAAUGUGAGGUGGCUACACAAUGACUCUGUGCUGCUCACUGUAGGAGGUGCUGACACAGCCUUGAUGAUCUGGACCAGGGAAUUUGUGGGGACGCAGGAGAGCAAGCUGGUUGAUAGUGAGGAGUCAGACACAGAUGCAGAAGAAGAUGGAGGCUAUGACAGUGAUGUCGCUAGAGAGAAAGCCAUUGACUAUACCACCAAGAUCUAUGCUGUGAGCAUCAGGGAAAUGGAAGGCACCAAACCACACCAGCAGCUAAAAGAGGUGUCCAUGGAAGAAAGGCAGGGAAUUGUCAAGGGAUCCAGACCACCCGUUAGCCGUGCAGCCCCCCAGCCCGAGAAACUCCAGAAGAACAACAUCACCAAGAAAAAGAAGCUGGUUGAGGAGCUGGCUCUGGACCACGUGUUUGGCUACCGAGGAUUUGACUGCCGCAACAACCUGCAUUACCUUAACGAUGGUGCCGACAUCAUUUUCCACACUGCGGCAGCUGGCAUUGUGCAGAACCUCUCCACAGGCAGCCAGAGCUUCUACCUGGAGCACACGGAUGACAUCCUCUGCCUCACAGUGAAUCAGCACCCAAAGUACAGAAAUGUGGUGGCUACCAGCCAGAUAGGGACAACACCUUCAAUUCAUAUCUGGGAUGCAAUGACCAAACACACCCUUUCCAUGCUGCGGUGCUUCCACACCAAGGGGGUGAAUUACAUCAACUUCAGUGCAACCGGGAAGCUCCUGGUGUCUGUGGGCGUGGAUCCAGAGCACACCAUCACUGUCUGGAGAUGGCAAGAAGGUACCAAGGUUGCCAGCCGAGGGGGCCACCUGGAACGAAUAUUUGUGGUGGAAUUUCGCCCUGACUCAGACACACAAUUUGUAUCUGUUGGAGUCAAACAUAUGAAGUUCUGGACUCUGGCAGGAAGUGCUCUGCUGUACAAGAAAGGGGUCAUCGGGUCUAUGGAAGCUGCCAAGAUGCAAACGAUGCUGUCCGUGGCUUUUGGUGCUAACAACCUUACUUUUACUGGUGCCAUCAAUGGAGAUGUCUAUGUCUGGAAGGAGCACUUCCUCAUCCGGCUGGUGGCCAAGGCUCACACAGGUCCUGUCUUUACAAUGUACACCACCCUCCGAGAUGGGCUUAUUGUGACUGGCGGAAAAGAACGACCGACUAAGGAAGGAGGAGCUGUAAAGUUGUGGGACCAGGAGAUGAAGCGCUGUCGGGCCUUCCAGCUGGAAACAGGGCAGCUGGUGGAAUGUGUGCGCUCGGUGUGCCGUGGCAAGGGAAAAAUCUUAGUAGGAACCAAAGAUGGUGAAAUAAUUGAAGUUGGGGAAAAAAGCGCUGCUUCAAACAUCCUGAUUGAUGGACACAUGGAGGGGGAGAUCUGGGGCCUAGCCACACACCCCUCCAAGGACAUGUUCAUCUCAGCCAGCAAUGAUGGCACAGCAAGGAUCUGGGACCUGGCUGACAAGAAACUGUUAAACAAGGUGAACCUGGGCCAUGCGGCCAGGUGUGCAGCCUAUAGCCCUGAUGGGGAGAUGGUGGCCAUUGGCAUGAAGAAUGGAGAGUUUGUCAUCUUGCUGGUGAACACCCUGAAAGUUUGGGGGAAAAAACGAGACCGGAAAUCUGCCAUCCAAGAUAUCAGAAUCAGCCCAGACAACAGAUUCUUAGCUGUGGGGUCUUCUGAGCAGACAGUUGACUUCUAUGACCUUACUCAGGGCACAAGUCUGAACCGGAUCGGCUACUGCAAAGACAUCCCAAGCUUUGUCAUUCAGAUGGACUUUUCUGCAGACAGCAAAUACAUUCAGGUGUCAACAGGAGCCUAUAAGCGCCAAGUACAUGAAGUUCCCCUGGGGAAGCAAGUAACUGAAGCCAUGGUUGUUGAGAAGAUCACCUGGGCUUCCUGGACAAGUGUUCUCGGAGAUGAAGUCAUUGGAAUCUGGCCACGAAACGCAGACAAGGCUGAUGUCAACUGUGCAUGUGUGACCCAUGCUGGCUUGAACAUUGUCACAGGGGAUGACUUCGGGCUGCUGAAGCUCUUUGAUUUUCCAUGCACAGAAAAAUUCGCCAAGCACAAACGUUACUUUGGUCACUCUGCUCAUGUGACGAACAUCCGCUUCUCUUCCGAUGACAAGUAUGUGGUCAGCACAGGAGGAGACGACUGCAGUGUAUUUGUGUGGCGAUGUCUGUAAACACUGGAACCCCGUGCACUAUGGCUGCUUCUCCCAAGCUACUUGUAGGCAGUGCAGGGGCACCUCCUCGACGCCAACUGCUGUGGGACACACAAGCUCUGAACAGAGAUGUUGUAGGACUCUCAUAAUCUGAACUUUGCAAGAUGGUGAUGCCAAGAAUGAAUACUAAGACUGUUUGCUUCUGUUCUGGAGACUAAAACCUAUACUUAUUGUAACUUCACUAACGGCAAAAUUGGGAUGAUGUAGCCCACAGAUAAAAUUUACAUCCUCAAUUACCCUAACCAAUAUGUAGCGUUUAAUUUGCAUUAAGACUUUUACAAAGGUGUUUUGCUAUUCUGUUUCUAUGUAUUUUAAGAAUGUUCACUGGACACAAUGUAAGUUGGAAGCACUUAAGUACAGAAAUACCCUGUUUGCCACAUUUAGCUUUCAAAACUAAAUGAGCCAUGUAUAAACAAGUUUUAAAAUGUUAAUUUUUAAAAGUUUCAUUUGCAGUUUUAUAUCCAUUAAGUGCCUUCAAAGUUCCCAGUUGUGUGGGCUGCUGCCUCACCUCCCAUGUCGUCUUCUUCCUUCACAUGGUGCUAAAACUUCAAAACUGAGGAGGGCUAUGGGAUUAGCAAAUUCACCACUAUGUCCUGCUCUAGGAAAGCAGUUAUAAGGUGAGCAGCAAAGAAGAGUCCAGCUCCACAGAAAGUAGCAACACGGAAAGCAGGGAAAGCUCCAGUGUGACGAGUGAGCUGUCUUGCUGUUUAGUUUACACCCUCUUGGGUAGGACUGGCUUGGCUCUGCUCAUUUCAGAUGAUUAAUGCAGGGUAAAUUCAGAUUUUUAAAAACCUCUUGAACAUAUUCCCCACUGUAAGGAGUAUUUGAGUUUCUCCAGUCAGUUGUCGGACAGAAUGUGACUUGACGACUAUUAGUUAAGAAGGCUGAUGGGAGUUGGAGUCGUGAGUACACACACCACCGAGUCCUUCCAGUCUGUGCACUAAAAUUCUAGACCUUGAGUUUCUAGUUAUAUGAAGUUGCCAUUUUAGAGAAAGGUUGAAAUAAGCAUUUUCAGUUAAAGAAUAGAUUAUCAACAUUUACCACAGAAGUGCUUCAGCAUUCUAAAAGAAUUAGAUUACACAUUAAGCUAUUUUACACGCCAACUUAUUAAUGCCUUACAUCAACCCACUAGCAGGUUGCUGGGUCCUCAGUAGAGCCCUAUGCAGCCCUGAUUCUGUUUUCUGUACCUGGUGAUGCUGAGUGAUCACUGUGUCUGCCUGUCUUGUACUACUGACAUUUCAUUCAGACAGAUCUUGCAUUAAGUAACCAUGUGGAUGAACAACUGACUAAUCAAUGAUAUAUGUAUAUAUUUGAAGAGCAAUAGUGUCUGUUAUAAAGACUUUGAAAGUCUUAUUUGUAAAAUUUAUAUGGUGUAAUUUUAUGUAUAUUCAUAAAUCUUGCACUGUAUUCUGUUAAAAUAUUGGUGCAUGAAUUUAUUUUCAAAGUAUAAAAUAAUUUAAAACCUUUUGUUAUGAGUCAAAUAAAUCUCACUAUGUAAAUAUA